AUGAACCUUUAUUUAACCCAUGACUCCAUGUAUUUAAACAUGACCGCUCCAAGAUGGUCACAAUACCGAUCAAGAACUGUUCUGCAAUUUGGUGAAGAAAACUUAGAUAUGGAACAAGUACAAUCCAUAAAUACUGAAUGGUUUUACAUUGAAUUGAACGAUACAGGCAAUAAUACAGAUGACCUAAAGGAUACGUUGAAAAAUUUACCUGCAGUAUCUGCAAGGGCUAAAGUUAAUUUGCCACCCAAGCGAAAGCAGCAGCAUGAGCAUUACUCUAAUAGCGCACAAUCGACAAGCAUUAUCAGUACUUAUACAGACAGUACCCUUAAUCGUACACAUGCAUUUUUUAAGAAAAAGAAGCAUCAGCAGCAACCUGCAAUCGACAUAGAAGCCUUGUUAAGUAAAGGUUUUAUCUACAACAUCGUCAUCAAGCACCAUCACUGCCUUUGCUUCAAACAAGUAGACCUAAGGGCAUCAAUGAGAGUACCCACUCUAACCCUGGCCCCAUCUAAGCACAAGCAGAAUAACAAAAAAGGAAAGCCCAGACCAAUUACUGCAGCAGCAACACUUUUAACAGCAGAACAGACGCAAACAACAAUAAGCAAUGCUGCCAAUCACCCCUCUUUUCCUUUUUCAUCUACGUCCUCGACUCCAUCAUCUGUCGCUGCUUCUGCAGUAGUUGAGAAUCCAAUUCUUGCAUCAUCGUCACCCUAUCAAAAAAGUAAUCAAAAAAGGUCAUUUUUGAAAAAGUUUGUGAAGUGUUCUUCUUCUUGCUCCUCCAACCCCUCCUCUUUUAAUAUCGAAAAUUAUACGUCUGUCACGUUUUCUACUUCAGCAAGCACUACUAUUAUUAGCCAGCAAAGCAGUACAAUGAAGACAAUAACCGAUUCAGCUGUAAAGGAACAUCAAGUUUCUACGAAUAAUACUAAUGCUACAACUCGUUUCAAAAGUAUAUUUCAACGGUUACGCGGCGGUAAUAAUGAGUUAGUAGUAGCUGAUGACCAGCAGAAAAAGAAAGGAUCAUUACAUAGUAGAUUGGUUCGCAGUGCUUCUUUUGUAGGUGUCAUCAGUGAUCGUAAUAGCACUAGUACAUUCAAUAGCAUCGCACCCGAAAAUGCACGGACAGCGACAACUAAAAAUGUGUCGUCCAACAGUGCUAGCGCAUCACCGAAAAGUGUAUUGGCUUCCAGAAUAAAGAACAAAUUUCGUUUACAGCAUCACCAUUAUCCGCCGACGAAAGUACACAAUACCAAUUACCAUCCUCGUCGAAAUCAACAAAAUUCAAGAACAUGCUACAGCAUUCUAUCGGAAAAUGACAAUGAUAAUGGUGAAAUACAAAACAAUGGAAAAGGAUAUGACAAAAGACCAAAAAGUAACGGUUUCUCGAUACGGCGUUCAGCAUCACUUUCGUCCCUUACACAGCAUUUUUGUUCUUCCACAACGUUAAGUAGAUUCUCCAAAAAGUUCCCAAAAGCUGAAGAAGAUGAAGAAGAUGAAAAGUGUAUAUCAAAAGCCAAAUACAUCGGCAACCGACACCCACAGAAUCCUUACUAUAGCAGAGCAGUAGCACUUGUCCCAUCUGUAUCUACCAAAUUACAUGUAUCGCAUAGUACAAUUUCUUUCUCUUCUUCAACAGAUUCUGACGAUGAAGAAGCAAAUGAAGACAGGGCAAGCACACUCAACGACAUUAUCUUGGGACAACAGAAUGCAUGCACCAAAAAAAUCAAUUCCGUGCUAGGAUUAAAAAAGUCUAUCUCGUCGCAUAAGCUGUAUAUGGAUAAAUACCAGCAGAAGCAGCAACAGCAGAAUAUCCAAAAAUCAAAUAAUGACCAACUUUUAGUCGAUGAAGGUUAUUUUGGUGGCAGCAAUUCCAGUUUCAAUAAUACCCAUCAUAUCGUUGCUGCAGCUCCUGGAAGAUUUGUCAAUAAUGAAAACGUUAUUGACAAUGCUGCUGAUACCCGAGAUGCCGUAAUUAAAACAAGAUCUGCGACUUCUCCUUAUUAUGAAAUUGUGCGUAGUGUGAUUAGUAAUCGAGAAAACGGGAGACGAGGGUUAGUUGUGUCCACGACAACAGUGAAUACAGCUCAAUCUGUUCAACGACAGGCCUCUUAUUUAACAACAAGUACGUCUAUAAGCGAGCAUAGUCAUAAUAAUAAUAAUAACUUCAGUAGUAACCUAGGUGGCGGAGGUCGUCCUCAACAAAAUAAACAAAUACACAGAGUACGGUUCAUGAAACUGGUGAUGGUGAAAGAAACAUUUUCAAAAAUGGAUUAUGAUCGCAGUUCAGAUCAGAAUGCAGUAUGUACAAAACUUACGCCUUUUAUAGCGGAGCAGAUCAAAGAAGAGUUGAAUAAAUUCAAGCUACAGGAAAUGAAAGUACAUGAAUUCAGUAGAGGAAACACACAAUUUUUUUUGUAA